AUGCUGGUGGUCCUGUUUACAGUGGUCCUGCUGGCCCUGAGCUCUGCUCAGGAACCCGGAGAAGAAAUUCAGAAUCAAAACCAGAUCCCCAAUGAAAGGCCACCUACUCCAGGAUUCCAAACAAGACCACCUCUUAAUGGGAGCCAGCAAGGUCCACCACCACCAGGAGGCCCACAUCCAAGACCCACUCAAGGACCACCCCCGACAGGAGGCCCACAUCCGAGACCCACGCACGGCCCACCCCCAACAGGAGGCCCACAUCUGAGACCCCCUCAAGGUCCACCCCCUCCAGGAGGCCCACAUCCGAGACCCACUCAAGGUCCACCCCCAACAGGAGGCCCACAUCCAAGACCCACUCAUGGCCCACGCCCAACAGGUGGCCCACAUUUGAGACCCACUCAAGGCCCACCCCCAACAGGAGGCCCACAGCAGAGAACCCAUCAAGGCCCACCUCCACCAGGAUGCCCACAGCUGAGACCUCCUCAAGGCCCACCCCCACCAGGAGGUCCACAGCAUGGACCCCAUCAAGGCCCACCCCCACCAGGAAGCACACAUCAGAGACCCCCUCAAGGCCCUCAAGGUCCUCAAGGCCCACCCCCACCAGGAGGCCCACAGAACAGACCCCCUCAAGGCCCACCCCCACCAGGAGGCCCACAGCAGGGACCCCCUCAAGGCCCACCCCCACCAGGAGGCCCUCAGCAAACACCUCCUCUGCCUGGAAACCCACAAGGCCCACCACAAGGCAGACCCCAGGGACCUCAGUAA